GGAAUCAUAGCCAAUCAGGUCAGAAUGAGUGGGGGAGUCAAUGUGAAGUCGGCCCCCCGGGCUCCUCCCACGUCAGGGAUCCCCCUCCCUCACAGCCUGUUGCCCUCCUCCCCCAAAGCAGACACCCGCCGUCGGGCUGGAGACCUACCCAGGCCCUCAACACAGAGCCCUAAACACACACCCACACACACUCCCACACACACACCCAGGCACUCUCCUUUACUUUGCCCACGCAGCUCUGGCAUCCCCGGGCCCUCCUCCAGGGACCCCAAGAGAGACAGUGGUCUGAAGAGUCAGCUCUUCCAGCGAGUGGGUGCUCUACCUACCCCCCAGGGGUCCCGCUCAGCCUACAACAGCCCGUUGACGGAGCGCAGGACACCACCGCAACACUCCAAAGACACACUGGAUCUGGGGAAACUCGCCCCGCCUCAGAUCCCCUCACAGUUCCCACAUGACCGCAAUCGCAACAGAAACACCCCCCUCCCCAAUAAGAACCAAACAUGGGGGACCAGCAACCUGCGUCCCCCGCUGCAGUUCAGGAGAGCAGACAACUCCAACUCCCAGGCAACGGGGGGGGUCACGCCACAAAGAGAGGAAGAUGCUCCAGAAAACCGACCAGCCCAGUCGAACAACGGUAACCUCCGGCCCACUCUUGAUCUAGCCAGCUACGAGCACGCCAUCAGAGGUCGCAGUGACUCCACCAGCCAAUCAGACGAGGAGAUGUUCACUCCUGAGGAUGGUAGUCCGGCCUGCUCUCCCUGUCCCAUGCCGCUGCCACCACUAACAUUCACCAUGCCAAUAAUGUCCAAGAUGUCUGUUCAAAUGCUGGAUCGACGUCUACAGGAGGAGGCUGCGUCCACAGAUACACACACACCCAAAGUCAACAUGGCCACUGUGGCUCCCUUCAGCUACAGGCUGCAUGCACAGGAGAGCGAUUUUACAGUGGAUGAACUGAGUGACUGCUCAACUGGAUCCAUAGAAGUCUACUGUGAUGACCUAACACUAGGAGGGAUGCUGGAGGCUAAUGUGGCUAACAUUAGCAUGACGGCCAAGCCCAGAGAGGUAGACCUGAGGUCUGCGGCUGUCUCCUGCCAGGACACAUCAGCCCAGGCCAUGGCCUCUAGGAAGCCCCCGGCCAAGCCCUCCGCUUUGCCUCAGGGACCCUCACGUCCCUCCAGGUCAGAGCUGAAGGUCUACCGGCCCUCCUCUGGAUCUAUCCCCAUCCCCAAUCCGUCCGGUCUCCGCAAGCAGAGAUCAUUAAACAACUUGUGUGUGCUUACUGAUGCUGAGAAGAAGCUGCACCUGUACCAAUCUCCCAACUGGAAGGAUGAUUCGAGCCGGCCGGGUGCUGGCACCAACAAGCCGGGUCUGAAGGUACCUCAGGCUGGGGCUGGGAAAGCACUACUUUCCAGGACCCUUUCAAAGUCUGAACAGUCUCUUUUUCAGGGAAAACCGUUCUGCUCACCGUCUGUGACCUCAAACGGGGGCAAACCAAGUCGAAUUCCUGCCCCUGGCAAACCACGGGGACCUUAUGCUGAGGUCAAGCCGAUCAGCAAGGCCUCUGAGGCAGGCCAGAGUGCUGACACAGACCCUGCAGACCACCACACUAAGGCUAACUCCAAUGGAGCUGGGAAUACUGGGACUAAUGGCAAGAAACUAGGAGAGAAGAUGCGAUGUGCAUCUCUGUCAACAGAGGAGAAGAAAGACAGGAAGGGUUUAGAGGGAGAAGAUGAUAAGAGCUUUCUGAAGGUGGACCCAGAGUUAGUGGUGACGGUUCUGGGAGACCUGGAGCAGCUGCUUUUCAGCCAAAUGCUUGACCCAGAGUCCCAGAGGAAGAGGACAGUGCAGAAUGUUCUGGACCUUCGACAGAACCUGGAGGAAACCAUGACCAGCCUGAGGGGGGUGCAGCUCAGCCACAGCCGUGUGGAGGGGACCAUGUGCUACGACAGCGACGAGGCCGCUGCGUUCUCGAUUUCCAGUCUAUCAAAUCGCUCCUCUCCGUUGUCAUGGCGCCAGGGUCAAGCCAGCCCCCGUCUGCAGGCUGGUGAAGCUCCGUCCACGGUGAACACCCAUUCAGACGUUCCCCUCCGGAUCAGCCACAACGCUCGGAUCCAACUCAUCGAGGCUCUGGACGACUCGGAUGCAUCCCUCCUGAAGGGGGAUUACCUCAGCAACAGGGAAAUCGGCAGGAAGAGCCCAAACGUGGAAGACGAUGAUGAUGAUGAUGAUGAUGAUGAUGACGAUGAUGAUCUGGCGAAUGGCUGCGAGCCCGCCGGAUUUGCCAGCAAGCAGGCCUCCAUGUGGAGGACCCCUCGCAUCGAUGGCUCACCAAUGCCCCCUGGCAGGGCGAGAAUGCAAAGUCUUGGAAACUAG